AUGCAUGCCAAAAUAGUAGACCAAAAUAUACACUAUGAACUGGUCAGCAAUGGUGUCUAUCCUCUUUUUCCAAACACUGCUCAAGAACAUGAAAAGCAUGAUUUGUUAAUCUCAUUUAUUCUACAAGCCUCUUCUUUCAACGAAAGUGAAAUAAUUACAAAUUUGAAAUCUGCAUCUGACAUAACUGAACGUGGGCUUACCAGCGAGACAAAGUCAUCUAGCUAUGAAGUUAAGGAGGGAGAAACACUAAUAUUUACUCUGGAAUCAAAUGAACUACCAAACUUACAAGCUUCUGUUUUCAUUGACAAGGAGCAAAAGAGUUUUUCAGAUAUGAAAAAACAAAUAUUUAUGGGGAAAUUAGAACACAAUCAAUAUCCAGUGAUUGUUAAAGUAUUCAGACAACCCACAUCAAAAUUACAGAACUUUUUCUAUUCCCCUCGCUUCCAAACAUCUAUUUUUUUACCUACCGUAUAUUUGGACCCAAUUUUAAAGAAGAGAAGUACUGAUACCAUUAAGGAUUGUAUAAUGGAAGUUUCAUUAUAUGGAAAUGUUUUGAAUAUCAAUCAAGUGAUGGAAAACAAACUGGACACUUUCAAACAAUUAUUGUUCGAAUUGCAUAGAGUUCAUUCACAACAUAUUAUUCAUAAUGAUAUCAAACCAAGCAAUAUUGUUUUAUUUGAUUAUCAAGGAAGGAAAACUUACAACUUUAUUGAUUUUGAAAUGGCUCGUUUUUUUGUGAAAGAGAAUGGAGAUUGUACAUUCCUCUCCUUUGAUACUUCUCGAAGUGCAAUUAUUAAAUCCAAAGCAGGGACACAACAAUACAAUCCACCUGAAAAAUUAGAUGGUGGAGACGGAUGUAUCCAUCCAAAAACGGAUAUCUAUUCGCUUGGACAAGUUUUUAUUGAGAUAAUUGUUGGAAGAUGUUCAAUGGAUUCCAUUAUGAAUCUUAAUAAUAUUAAAGACCGUUGUAAUGAAAUUCAUCCUGAUCUAUUCGAAAUGCUUCAAAAAAUGGUUAAUUCAAAUAGAAAAGAAAGACCAACAGCACUUGAGUGUUUGCACAUGCUUGGCGCAAAUAUUGAUUCCUUUAUUCCAAACAACUUUUCAGAUUUGUUUUUUCCAAAAGACAACAACAAUUCCUUAGUAACCAUUGACAAGAAAGAACUAAAUCUUGACCAUCAACCAAUAAUUCAAUCAGAUGUUAAUCUUUCUGAACAAGAGGAAAGCUCACCUCUUUCACCUUGUUGCUCAUGCAACAAGACCGUCAAAUGUGCCAACAGUAGAUGUCCAUGUUUCAAAUAUAAUAAUGCUUGUACUAAUUGUACUUCCGCAAACUGUAAAAACAAUAAGAAGAGAAAGCUUAAAGAUCAAGGAGGUAAAAAGAAAAAGAAAUAA